AGGCAGUAUAUCUCCGGCGCAGUGUGUGUGGCGAGCUGGAGCUACGCGGAGCACCUUUGUCUCUCUCUCAGAGCUUCACUUUAACAGGGCGCGGGGUUCGAGUUGCUGAGACGGAGGGGAAUCGCUUUGAAGAAGUGGAUCUGGACGGGUUUAAUAGGCUACACCCUCUCUCUCUCUCUCUCUCUCUCUCGCUCUCUCUAGAACUACUACAAAGGGAGUGGACGGAGAGAGUUCCGCUGCGUAAACCGACACCGACCAUCGCUCGCUCGCUCGCUCUCCUAGGCGUCAAGAAAGAAAGCAUGGAGAAAACACAAGGAGCUGAGUCUUUCUUUGGAAAAUGUGGGAUUUGUUAGCCUCGUUUUGAAAUGGUGCUUUUGUAAGACCAAGCGCGCUGUGUGCGUUUGCAUGCGUUUUUGGACGCGCUGUUACGCACUAACUCGCCAGAGCCGUUGUGUGCAUCUGGAGCCUCGUUGUCCAAUCAGAACCCUCGCUUCUCGUCUAAUCAGAACCCUCGCUUCUCGUCCAAUCAGAACCCUCGCUUCUCGUCCAAUCAGAAGCUGCACUCCGUGGAGCGGAGAAAUGUGGUGUGCGAAAGUUCUUCUCGUGAUGUGCGUGAUCGGCUUUGAAAAGGGGAUUUGUGUCAACUGGAACCCCGUCCCACGCAAGACUGUUAAAUAUAAUGACGUGCACGACAGUAUGGCGAGGUUUCGCGCCGUUGGGGUGUGGAACUACACUAUGUUGACCCUGGCGGAGCAUGAGAGGGUUUUGUACGUUGGAGCCAGAGAGCACAUCUUUGCUCUGGAUCCCAACGACAUCAGCAGACAGCUCCGACCACAGAUUGAGUGGUCUGCUCCGGUGGAAAAGAAAAGAGAGUGCACAGCGAAGGGGAAGAAUAACCAGACUGAGUGCUUCAACUACAUUCGCUUCCUGCAGAGCUACAACCACACACACCUGUACACAUGCGGCACGUACGCCUUCCAGCCCAAAUGCACCUAUAUUAAUGCAGAUCAUUUCACUCUGGAUAGCGCCGCCCUGGAGGACGGCAAGGGAAAGUGCCCCUAUGACCCCGCCAAGGGUCACACUGGCCUCAUUGUGGACAAAGAGUUGUACUCCGCCACCCUCAAUAACUUUCUGGGCACAGAGCCUGUAAUCCUGAGGAACCUGGGACAGCAGCAUUACAGCAUGAAGAGUGAAUACCUGCCGGCGUGGCUCAACGAGCCAAACUUUGUGGGUUCGGCGCUGGUCCGAGAGAGCCGCAGCAGUAAAGAUGGAGACGACGAUAAGAUCUACUUCUUCUUUAGCGAGAGAGCAGUGGAGCUGGACUGUGACAGCGAUCUGACUGUGGCGCGGGUGGCACGUGUGUGUAAGGCUCUCACUGUUUGUCGUUCAGCGGAUGGAUGGCUCCAGCGUGUGGUGAUUCUGGGUUCAGAGGCUCAUGUGAUCGAAGAGAUCCAGCUGUUUGAUCGGCAGCAGCCGGUGGACAGCCUCACCAUCUCACACAGCAAAAAGUAUCUGUACAUUGGCUCACGCUCGGAGGUUCUUCAGCUGCCCUUGGCAAACUGCAGCCGGUACCAUUCACAGCCAGACUGCCUUCUGUCCCGCGAUCCAUACUGCGCCUGGGACAGCGAGGGACGCGCUUGUGUCCGCAUCGACCUCCACCGCGGCUCCACAUCCACACUCUCGCAGGACCUCAUGCUGGAGAGGUUCAGCCGAGGAAAAGCCAAGUUUGAGAAGCCUUUCUCCAUCCCCAGUCCUGAUCAUUCUAGGUUGCGAAAUGUGACUGUGGUUGUUGGGUCAGAUCUGGUUUUGCCCUGCCAUCUGGUUUCCAACUUGGCCCAGCCUUUCUGGGAGCUCAACGAACGUGAGCUUGCCUUGGUGGAAGGUGGGGCCCCGGGGCCACGAUUCGACCAAGCCCUCCGCUCUCUCGUCAUUCCCCAAGCUGGGCCCCUUCAAGCGGGCCGCUACAUCUGCUACUCGGAGGAGCAAGGCGUGAAGUUCCAGACGGAAAGGUACCAGGUGGCGGUGGUAGCCAGCGCACCUGUCUUCAUGGAGGCCCGCGCUCCGGAUGGCAGCAUGGGUUUGUUCUGGGUCCUGGUGAUCACUUUGGGGGCCGCUUGUCUGUUGCUGCUCAUUGCAUCGUUGUAUCUCCGUAGAAGAUUGAAGUUGGCACUGGGAAAAGGGGCGGAAAUGAAGCCGCUGGAGAGCACUUUGGUGUACCCCAUUACUUUGCCCAAAGAGCCUCCAAGCCGGCCGUCAUUUGUGCCGAGCAAGAUGGCAAACGAUGAUGAUCGCUUUUGGGAAACGGGGGCGAAUUAUUACUACUCAGACGGCUCGCUAAAAAUCGUGCCUGGGCAUGCAUUGUGCUCCACCGGAAGCUCGGCAUCGCCGAGUGCAAUUCCCGGUCAGCCUAUUCACUCGCCGAGCAGGCUGAGCCUCACCAACAUUCGGAGCUCAAACGCCAACGGAUACAUCCGGCUCAAUCUGAGCUCGGCCGGAGAGGAGAGAUCCGGCAUUGGAGCGGCGGGGAUGGGAAUCGGGAUAGGCGGCCGAGACAGCGACUACUCCAGUCCGUUCAAAGAGGAGCUCCGGAAAACUCUGCAGCAGAGAAGCGUGCUUCCCGACGCCAAUCCCGAGGAGUCUUCUGUGUAAAUCCCGCAGGAAAACGACAGAAAACCUCACCUACCUCCCUCCUGCUUGGGGAACUCUCUUCAUCCGCAAACUCUUUCUUCUCUGUCAGCACUUCCAUCUCCCGUGCCAUGAGGCCACCGUGCUUCACGACAUUCCCUUGGAUUAUUCUCGGUGAGAACACACUACUAACACUCGACCGAGCUUUUGUAAAUGACUGUAUUUAAAGGACCAGACCGACAGGGCCUCGUGUUGAUCUUGGCUAAACGCAGGUACAUCUCUGAGAGGAGCCCAACCAGCCAAAUGUAGCCGUCAGUCUGAUCUGACAACAGAUCCCAAUCAUUUGGCAAGCUGCAAGAGGACGCAGAGUUUAUUUUUAACGUCUUGAGGUCGCUUGCCUCAGGUGUCCGGACACGUUUUUGGCACCCUUUGAGAGAGGAGACGAGGACAUGCAUAAACUCAAAUCGCUUGAUGACAAUCACGCUCGAGGAAAGCAGAGGAGACAUUAUUAAAGGGGGAAAAACAACCGAGUGAGCUGUAAACCCGAAACAAGACUUGAAUAACGAACAAAUGCUUUGCCUUUCUUUCUUCGCAGCUCAAAAACUUUUUUAAACAUUGUCUUUUUUCUGAGAAUGUGUACUGAGACUUGCAGAACUAAUAUAUAGUGAGGUUUUUCCAUGUCUGUUUAUUGCAAGGAUUUCUUCUUCUUCUUCUUCUUCUUUUACGAUUGAUAGUCUCAUCUGAAAUGUGAAAGGAUUACCAAUGCUAGUAGCAUGCAACAGAAUGUUGCACUAAGACUGUGUUGGAUGCGACAGCAAGUGCAUUAUUGUAUAUAUUUGGCUUGAGUUGCCAAAUGAAGUACAACCCCAGUGUUUGCCUACAUGAUAAAGCAGGUGAAUGAAGCCACAUGAUGGAAUGAAACCUUCCUUCUGGAAUGGUAUAGAAGACUCCGCCCACGUUAUGAAGCCGAAUUGUUCUGCAUGAAAGGGAUCCUUUACAGAUGACAAGGAGCUGGACUUUUUGAAGAAGUCCAGAAUGAAUGGCAGAGGCUACGGCUGAUCAAACGCAGUGUGGGCUUUGCAACUCUUAAAGACUAAAUACAAAAACAGGGUGAAAACGGAAAGCAGAGGACAUUUCAUUCCGUUGACUUUGAUUGUGAAGACAAAUGAAGGAGAUUUGUUUAUUUUCCCGUGACCCUGCGGGUGGAGAGGCACUACGAGGCUCAUCACGGAUCCAUACUUUGCUGCAUGAUGUUCUGCAAAAUAUAUCGUAUCAGUUUCAACAACAAAACAACAGUCUCAUGUAUUUCAAAAAAGGAAGAGAAAACAACAAGAGUUUUCGUACCUGUGCCUCUUCACCUCGGGUGAAGCCAAAGCAGACUGCAGACAUGUUUCUUCUGUUUCUCGUUUCUUUUUAUUCUCUCUUUUCAUGUUCUGGAAUUUGUCCAUUGCACAGAACUAACAAGUGUUGUCUGAAAUCUUCGUUACUACUACUCUACACUUGUUUUGGUGGAAUGCUGUUCUUUGUGGCAUGAGAGCUUUACGAUUUUCUCAAGCGGCUUUCCAUUCUGUCAUUGGCUCUUUUCUAGUCUACAAUCUAGCACUGCAUAAGAGGGAAGUUUACACUUGUCAGAAAAGAUCUUUGUACUAGAGAAAUGUCAGAUUAACAAGGACGCAAUCCUUUCUGCCAGGACUUCUCAGGGUGGGCUUCUGACUCUCUUGAAAUUGUGAAAUUUCACCGUUUUUUAAUUUCACUGUUCGCUUUGAUAAGCCUGUCUGAUGACUUAAAGUCAGACGUAAUUUCACUGAGCGACCAAGAAGUGUUGCAUAUGCUUGUUUGCAUCAUGCAUGGCUUUUUUUCCUGCUUGUUUAGAAAAAAAUCUCAGUUCGUUUCAUCUUACAUGGCUUUAAACCUGCUGUUACUUUGUGAGUUUUUGUAUUACGAA